AUGGACGCGCCGCACGAGCCCGCGCCCGGGCCCGCGCCCGCCCCCGCCCCCGCGCCGCACCCCGCCGUGCGCCCGCUCGUGCGCCCCGACGAGACCGGCGAGGUCGACACCUCCAGAUAUCCAGCACCCAAGGAUGCUACGCACAAAGUCCGUGGGCGCAGCGACGUGCUGGAGCUGAUGUGCGGUCCCGGCGCUGUCGACCCAGAGCUACUCACCGUCAAGACCUUCUAUUUCUUUUUCUAUUCGGCAUUUGGUUCGCUGUUCCCACUGAUGGGUGUGUACUUUAAACAGAUGGGCAUGAAUGCCGGCCAGUGUGGACUUCUGAUUGGCACACGACCCUUCGUAGAGUUCUUAUCCGCGCCUUUCUGGGGUGGACUGGCCGAUCGCUGGCAAAAAGGCCGCACGCUACUCUUGGCGUCUCUAGGCGCCUGGAUAAUCUUUACACUGCCUCUUAGCUGGGUGCAACCCAGCGCUGUGGCUUGUGUUCAUCCAGUGAACAAGACGGCUUAUCGUCUCGAAACGCCCAGCUAUGAAGACGACUGGAUCAAGAACGAAUGGCGGUCGUUCCAUAGACCAGCUGCCUCGUCGCAUGUUGGAUCACCUCUGCCUGUCGACGAUGCAAUCGAUUACGAUCCCGAUACGAAUAGCAAUUGGGUCACACCGCUACAUUCUUUUAUCGUGUACAGCACACCAGAUAUUCAGAAGACAUUUUUUCUUAUUCUGUUGCUCGUAGUGAUUGGCGAGUUCUUCAGUGCUCCUGCGAUUACGCUUGCUGAUUCCGCUGUGAUCACUCUACUGGGAGAAGACGCUGACAGGUACGGACAUCAGCGGAUGUUUGGCUCGUUGGGCUGGGGCUUAGCAAUGUUUUUCUUGGGCAUUGCUUUGGAUCACAGCACAGCGUUCAGCAAACACCCGUGCGGCGGGCCGCAUCGCUACGAGAAGAACUACACCAUUUGCUUCGCAACCUUCUCUGUGUUGAUGGGCGCUGCUCUCAUCACAGCUACUCAGAUAAGAUUCAAGUAUGAGGAGCUGCCACCGGAGCCUGUAGUGAUUGCAGCGCCGACUUCGCCCACACAAGAGGAGAAGUUGCAGCAGCAACUGGCGGAGCAGCUGCAGUUGCCCGGCCUGGACACGAGUGCUCCGGCACGCGCGCCGACUCUAGAACAUGCCAAAGUGUUCGCGCAGACCACGCGCGAGAUGCCGGAGUGGGUCACGGUGCUGCGCCAGUUCCAGAACGUGAAAGCUAUUUCUUUCCUACUCGUAGCCUGGUUUAUGGGCUUCGGUAUCGGGCUCAUCUUCACUUUUCUCUUCUGGCAUCUACAGGACAAAGGCGGAUCUCCAACAUUGUUCGGGGUCGCUUCCGUCAUCAACCACAUUUCGGAGAUCUUUGCCUAUUUCUUCAGCUUUAAAUUGAUAACCCAAAUGGGACAUGUCAAGGUGCUGUGCCUGGGCCUAGCGGGUAACGUGCUGCGCUUCCUGUACAUCGCGUGGCUGCCGGACCCGUGGUGGGUGCUGCCGUUCGAGUUCGUGCAGGGCGUGACGCACGCGGCCGUGUGGGCGGCAUGCUGCUCGUACAUCGCGCACAGCGCGCCGCCCGGUCUGCGCUCGUCGGCGCAGGGCGUGCUGCAGGGCCUGCACCACGGGCUGGGCCGCGGCUGCGGUGCCGUGCUCGGCGGCAUCGCCGUCGCCCGCUGGGGCACCACACGCACCUUCGCAGGGUACGGACUGCUGUGUGGAGUGGCGCUGGCGGCGUUCGCAUUCGUGAACUUCCGCGGCGGCGCAGAGGCGGGCGAGGCGGCGGGCGAGGAGUGCGCGCUGGCGGACGCGGGCGUUCUGGCGCCGCACGGCGUGCCGUCCAACCCGCUGCCGCGCGCGCUCUCCUCCACGCGCCUCGCCGACCUCGCGCACCACGACUCAUAUGGUGCCACGCAAAACUACGCGGGUGCAGACAGCCUGGGCGUGCCGGGCGCGGCACCGCCGCGGCCCUCCAACCCGUUCCUAUCGGACACCUCCGCGGCGCCUUCCUACAGAUAA